UACUUUAGUCAAAAUGGACCAUAAUAGUUCACGUUUUGAACCUUACUACACAGAAGAGCAAAGAAGAUACUCUCCUCCUCAUGAAGAGUAUUUCCAGGAGCGAGAGCAUCAGUGGAACCAGCAUGUUUCUCAAGGAAGUCCUAGGCGCAGCAUCGGAUACGAUUAUCCAAGAAGAGACCAGGAUCCUCCUGGAAGGUUUAGAGAACGAUCACCUUAUAGAGAAUAUCAAGAGGAGGAAGAUGAUAAAGGAAGACGCAGAAGAAUUACUCCAAGAAGAUCUAGAUCGCCAAGAAGAUCACGGUCUCCAAGAUUAAGGAGAUCCAGGUCCCCUAGAAGAUCUAGGUCUCCAAUAAGAUCUAGAUCUCCAAGACGGUCUCCCAGGCGAUCUAUGUCACCUAUAAGAUCAAGGUCGCUGAGAAGAUCACGAUCACCAAGAGUUUCACGAUCUCCCAGAAGAUCUAGGUCUCCAAGAUUGUCUGCACGGAGGUCUUCAAAUGGAUCUUUUAGUGGUUCCCCCCGUAGAUCACCAAGGAGGUCCCCACAAAGAAGAGAUCAGUCUCCUGAUUAUCGACAAAGAAGAGACAAAAGGGAACUUGACCGUGAUCGAAGAGAUGAUGACAGAAGAAGAACUUCUGACCGCGAUAAUACCUGGGCUCGUGGCUCAAGUUCCAUUGUAAGGAUCAGGGAUGUACCUUCCACCAUCGAUGAAGUGACAAUUCGCUCCAUUCUUCAGAAGUUUGAAGCUUCGUUUGUCUCCGCUCGGAUCAAGCGAGAAUAUGGAACGAACAACACAAGUGAGUCUGUGUGCGAUAUCCAGUUUGAGAGAGUGAGAGGGGCUAUUGAAUGGAUGACCCAACAUGAUGGUCAACUGGACAUCCGUGGUGUGCGGAUGGACAUGGAGUAUUUGGAUGAUGACCAUAGUGAUAGAUCUAGAGACAGAAGAAGAGACAAUUAUCCAACAAGAGGAAGAGAUGAUGAUCAUGUUGGUUAUCGAACUGGACCAACUGAUACCAUGAUUGUAAAAGGUCUUAACUUUGAUACAACUGAAGCAACAAUACGUCAGUCGUUUGAGUACAUAACACAUUUUCCUAUUGUGGAUAUACGUUUGGUGAGAGACAAGCUUGGAAACUCAAGAGGAUUUUGUUUUGUUCAGUGGAAGACACUGGAAGAUUGUCAACAAGUGUUAGAAUACCUUCGUACAGCAACACCAAGGUUUCAUAUUGAUGGAAGACAUGUUAUAUUGGACUUUAGCACCCCACAUGGUUCCAGCUAUAAAGGGAGAAGUGCACCUCAACCAACAGCUUCAUCAGCUGCUAUUUCUGCUGCAGUUCAAGUUGCUGAAGCUGCAAUACAAGCUGCACAAUGGUCCCAGCAAGGAAAGAAAGCUGCAGACAGUAGAAAUACUGCCGAUGCAAUGAAUGGCAAAGCUAAUGAAUACAACAGACAAGCAACAGCAGCAGUUGCAUCACCAGCACCCAAGGUUGAAAACAAGCCAACUGUGCCACCCCAGUCACCUAAGAAUGCAGCUCCAGAUCCUACCAAGUUUAAAUAUGAUCCUACUUCUGGUUACUAUUAUGAUGCAGUGACUGGUUAUUAUUAUGAUGCCAAUUCAAGAUAUUUCUACAACAGCCACACAGGUGAAUACAUGUAUUGGGAUAUGAACAGUCGCUCUUAUGUAAAAGUCUCACAAGACGCACAGAAUAAAGAGAAAGAAACAAAAGAAAAACAACAAAAGGAACAGAAGGAAACCAAGAAUGUCAACGCCAAAAAAAUUGCAAAAGACAUGGCGAGAUGGGCUAAAGCGCAGAACAAGAAAAAGGAUGAAAUAAAAAAGAUGCUGGAUGAACCAGGUACACCUGGAACAGCAGGGACAAUGGCUGCUCCUGUGGUUCCACCUCCAAGGAAAAAAGAAACUUAUGCCGAUGCUGCAUUUUCUGUUCUUGAGAAGCAGGUUUCUGAAGCAGAGAGACAGGCAGCUGUUCAUGCUGCUUAUAAACAAGAUCUGUUUCGUAAACCAGAUCUUCCUGGGUCAAGAAAGAAACCUUCACAUGAUGAAUCUGGGUUGGUUUCUUACAUGAAAGCAAGUGAUAGUGAAGAAGAGGAAGAAGAAGAAGAGUUAAAUGAGGAGAGCUUCCUGGACUGGAACAAACUUGCGUGUCUUCUUUGUAAACGUGGAUUUCCUUCAAGAGAUAUGUUGACCAAACACAAGGACUUAUCUGAUCUUCAUAAACAGAACUUAGAAAAAAGAAAAAUUAAAACUGGAAGCUUGACAAAGAAAAAGAAAGAUGUGGGUAAUGUCAGUGCAAUUAAGUAUCGAGAUCGUGCGGCUGAAAGGAGAAAUAAAUUUGGUAUUACUGAUCCCCCACCUAAGCGCUCUCAUGGUAGAGAUGCCUAUGUUCCUUAUGAGCAACCCACUAAAGAUGGUUUGGAUAAUACGAACAUUGGAAACCAAAUGUUACAGAAGAUGGGUUGGAAACAGGGCUCUGGGCUUGGGAAAUCGAUGAGUGGUAUAACAGCUCCCAUACAAGUCCAACAGCGCUCUCGUGGUUCAGGACUUGGUAUGAGAGGAUCCAGCUAUGGGUUGGAUGGCAGUGAAGGUGAUUACAAAUCUGUAGCAAAGAAACUGACUUAUGCGAGAUACAUGGAAACUGAUUGAAACUGAUCAGGUCAAAUACUUACAUGGAUUGGGUUCUACAAGCGAGAUCUGGUUGGGUAUAUCCAGAAAGACAUUGAUAUCAAGCAUUUUAAUUAAAGUGGUUUAUGUCCUGAGUUUAAUAAUGAAAACAUGUUUUGUAAUUAUUUGUUUAAACACAAAGUGGACAGAUGGAUUUUAGUUUCUUUAUUGCCCAAUAUUUGAUUUAUAAAAUGCCUAAAAUACCAAUGCCAUUUGUAAGUGCCGGUAAUAGUUUUAAUUGCACUCCUGCAGUUGUUGAAGUGAUCUAUCAGAUUUAAAUCCAUUUGUGCCCAAUGUUAACUAUCAUUCAUAUGGUGUGCAUUUUGUGUUUAUUUGGUAAGACUGGCCAACUUGUCACACAACAUUUAUUUUUGCGUUUAAAGCCGCGUUUUUGCCGUUUAAAGUAAUAGGCAUUCUGAUUCUACCACCAUGAUCACAUACACCAUUCUGUUUUCAUUGUUGUGUAAAUAAUGUUUUGGUAAUUUGCAUUUAUUUUAAACAUACAGGAAAAGAUAAGAAUGUAGGAAGACACCACCAACAUUUAAUAUAAGUUUUCUCUCUGUUCUCUAAUCUGGUUUUGAGUAAGAAAAUGGAAGAUGCUGCAGCACAUAUGGUAAAGAAUGGACCAUGAAAAACUGUCAUGUACAUUACAAUGUGGACUGGAAUACCAAGAACAUUAUAGCCGCUGCUACACUCUGGCCAAAUGAUGUUUUCUCGAGAAUUUGAAAUCACUCUUUAUGGACAUCUUCAAUUGCUGGACAGGAUAUUCACGUUGCAGAAAGGCCAUUGGCCAACUUUCUUGUUGUUGUCUGGAUCAAAUAUGUUCUAUAACUUACAACUGUUUUUUGGUUGUCGCAGAUUUAUGGACAUCAGACUCUGAGUCAAGUGGUUCUGAUUUUCCUACUUUGAAAUAUUCAUUUUAUGUCUUUGAUGGAAUUGCCUUGGGUGGUAUGAAGGAUGUCUUCAUUAUUGUAUUGUGUUAUACAGAUCUACAUAUAUUAACUCAAUAUUGUUUUUUUUGCAGGUUUUGAUCGGCUUUAAAAAAGAGAUUGUACCGAAACAACAUUCUUUUUUUAGUGAUAAAUACCGUUAUAUUUUCUACUUUUAUUAGGAUAUUUAGAAAAUUUUAAAUUGCUGUUAAAGUGAUUUUAGGAUGUUUUGCAUAAUAUUAGGCAAUUCUAAUUUUUGGGAAACCUAAAUGAAUCAAUGUAUAAUGGAUUUUUCAUUUAGUUUAGUGGAUUUAUUUUAUAAUAAGUUUUAGAUUAUAAAACACUCCAUUUCCCAUGGGCUCCUGGAUUGUUUGGCACCAAACUGAAAACAGCUCUUACGUGUUUUUUCGUUAAAUUUGUUAUGUAUAAAGCAAAAAGUGUAUAGUUAUUUAAGUAGUGCUGUCACAGAUGAAAUAAUGGCUUCUGAUCUGUUUAA